GUUCUGGACCGGCCGUCUGGGAGGAGUCAGUCCAGGGGCAAGAACAACUCAGGCGCAACACCCCAGUGCAAGACGCCGGCACUACGGCAACCAUGACCUACCUACCACCACUGCAGCAGGUGGUGAUGCCCCCAAAUGAGUGCCCCCCUGGUGGCGGAUAUCGAACGGACGAGGGGCCUUUCAAAGGGGGCACGGUGCACGGACCACCAAGUACCUACUUAGGUUGACAGAAAGGUCGUCGCUGUCGCUGAAAGUCAAGUGGAAGUCCAUGACUCAGGUCGUUUCGGGGGGGCCUGGAGGUCCAGCCACUGCCACUGCCAGAAAGUCUUGGUGAUGUCGGUCCGUCUGAGGGGAGGAAGGGAAAAAGAGGCUUCGAUCGAUGACUGCCCUGAACACACAGCAGAUACCUACCUACACCUACCAGAUUUGCGCCUGACGAGUCGGACGGUGCAGUGGUCUCCUCGGACAGUCACCUCAGUUAGGAGCCAAACCACGCUUUCCCCCAUUGGGCAGCCUGGUGUCAACAAUCAAAUUUCCCCACCACAACCACAGGCCGGGCAGGUCGAGCACGUCCACUUUCUGUUGGUUCGUCGGUUCGUUGCUUUGCUCAUCAGGCACUUUCACUUCGUUCCGCCGCCCGCCAAAUCCUCAAUUUUGCACAUCCCAUCCAUCCCAUCCACCGCAUCGCUGCCCUUUCUCCAACAAUCUACCCGCGACGCCGUCUUCCUGACCGAGUCUCGACAACUUUUUGCUUUCCACUUCUUUCUACCACCACCACUACUACUACUACAUACUACUUCUUUAAUACACACCAACCCCAUCCAAAAUGCGUGAAAUUAUCAGCUUGAACGUCGGCCAGGCCGGUUGCCAGAUCGCCAACUCCUGCUGGGAGCUUUACUGCCUUGAGCACGGCAUUCAGCCCGAUGGUUACCUCACCGAGGAGCGCAAGGCCGCUGACCCCGACCAUGGCUUCAGCACUUUCUUCUCCGAGACCGGCAACGGGAAAUACGUUCCUCGCACCAUCUACGCCGAUCUCGAGCCCAACGUCAUUGACGAGGUCCGCACCGGCGCUUACCGCGGUCUCUUCCACCCCGAGCACAUGAUUAGCGGCAAGGAGGAUGCCUCCAACAACUACGCUCGUGGUCACUACACCGUCGGCAAGGAGCUGAUCGACCAGGUCCUCGACAAGGUCCGCCGCGUUGCCGACAACUGCAGCGGUCUCCAGGGUUUCCUCGUUUUCCACUCGUUCGGUGGUGGUACUGGUUCUGGUUUCGGUGCUCUCCUCAUGGAGCGCCUCUCGGUCGACUAUGGCAAGAAGUCCAAGCUCGAGUUCUGCGUCUACCCUGCUCCCCAGACUGCCACCUCGGUCGUUGAGCCUUACAACUCGAUCCUCACCACCCACACCACCCUCGAGCACGCCGACUGCUCCUUCAUGGUCGACAACGAGGCCAUCUACGACAUCUGCCGCCGCAACCUCGGCCUCGAGCGCCCCAACUACGAGAACCUUAACCGCCUGAUCGCUCAGGUCGUCUCUUCCAUUACCGCCUCGCUCCGCUUCGACGGCUCCCUCAACGUCGAUCUCAACGAGUUCCAGACCAACUUGGUCCCCUACCCCCGUAUCCACUUCCCUCUGGUUGCCUACGCUCCCGUCAUCUCGGCUGCCAAGGCCGCCCACGAGGCCAACUCGGUCCAGGAGAUGACCAUGUCCUGCUUCGAGCCCAACAACCAGAUGGUCAAGUGCGACCCCCGCCACGGCAAGUACAUGGCCACCUGCUUGCUCUACCGCGGUGACGUUGUUCCCAACGACGCCCACGCUGCCGUCGCUACCCUCAAGACCAAGCGCACCAUUCAGUUCGUCGACUGGUGCCCUACUGGUUUCAAGCUUGGUAUCUGCUACCAGCCUCCUCACCAGGUCCCCAACGGCGAUCUGGCCAAGGUUAACCGCGCUGUCUGCAUGCUUUCCAACACCACUGCCAUUGCCGAGGCCUGGUCCGCUCUUUCGUCCAAGUUUGAUCUCAUGUACUCCAAGCGUGCCUUCGUCCACUGGUACGUUGGUGAGGGUAUGGAGGAAGGCGAGUUCUCUGAGGCUCGUGAGGAUCUUGCGGCCCUUGAGCGCGAUUACGAGGAGGUUGCUGCCGACUCGAUGGAGGGCGAGGAUGUCGAGGCCGAGUACUAAGUGCAAGUACAAGUACCGCAACAUAGUGUACGGGAUCCGCUGCUUGUGAAAGGAUAAUUGUUGGUACGAGGAUGUUGAUGGCAUCAGAAGGAAGAGAUAUACAAAGUACAGGUGGUGGGAAACCAGAGCCCGCCCGACGUCAGAAAGAAUACCCACGGAGUCCCUUGAUUGUGGCUUCCUGUUAGUUGUUUGAAGGGGUGCGCAUCAGGUGUUUUGCUAGUGGGAUGGUGAUGAUGAUGAUGUUGAUAAUGGGUCAUUGUUAUUAUUCCAUGGCGAAUGUCAGUUUGAUGUGGCCUUGAGUUGAGAACUUGGGGUUGUUGACACUAUUUUGUUGUUAGACUGAAACGUGAUAGCCGAUUUUAAUUGAGUGAAGUAGUAGUAUUGAUGUAAGUGAUUGGUCCGAGACAGGUUAUGUAGGUGUCAGAUC